AUGUACGUACCCAACUCACGCUGGACGUGGACAUUUGUGGUAGUAUCGACGGUCCAGGCGAUCGUCACGUUGGCUCUGGAGUCUUACGUUUUCGCGAAUUUCCAGACGCAGCUGAAUCCCUCCGCAGAAGAUGUCAGUUCGUCAAAAACCAUUCCUACUUUCCUGACGUUGUACAUUUUCGGCUUCGUAUACGAGCUGGUUUUGGUCUACGAUGCCUUGCGACUUAAGAACACGAUUCAGGUCAUUGGGAUCUGUAUCUGCAAUGUGGGACUUUUGAUAUAUGGAGCGGUCCAGAUGGAGCAGAUCAAAGAUGCGGUCGAUGUCCUGAUGGUCAACAAUGCGAUUGAUGAGGACAUUUGGGCGGAGACAAUGCCCUUCCUCAUUGUCAUCCCCUGCGUCGUGGGCUUAGGGUCAGCCCUCAUGGGAUUCAUCGCAUGGAAACUCUAUGAUGAGUUUGCGUGGUCAAUCUACAAGCAUAUCAGCGCCGACCUACGCAUGAAGCGUCGAUACCUGACGUACCAGAUCUACAUCGCACUCCUCAAAUUCGACUUCUUCUUCUUCCUCGGUUUCACCGUGCAAUUCGUGGUCAUUGUGACUGGCAAGACGGACGUCGAGUUUGCACUUACCCUUGCCGCCAUCCCUGUGACGAUUGUUAUUCUACUAUUUGCCGCCUUUUUCACACGUCGAGAGAGCAUCUGGGGGAUGCUGUUUGUUAUUGUUCUCUAUCACGGUGCCUUGGCCUACUUCAUGUUCAAGCUGGUGCGCAUGUACCAGCCAUCCCAAUAUCGGGAGUACCUUCCUGCUCGACGGUCUCUCACCUUCUUUGCGGUCAUCACGCUCGCUCUGAUUGUCGCCACUAUUUUCAACGCCAUCAUGUGCACCCUCAACUUCCACAAGGGCCUGAAGCCGCAUAUCACUCGGAGAAAGGUGCUUAGUGAGGAAGAGAAGAUUACUGAGCUCUCUGUGAAUAUGCAGGGCGGCAAGGUGCCUACUCGGAUGAUGAUCGACUGA